GCACAUUGGCACCAAUUAUAUCGACAGAAACAGGGAAAGAGGUUGUACACUGAGUGUAGAGAGCUAGGAAAGAGGCUGAAGAGAAGGACAUCCAAGGUAGUAAUCUCCUGAUUACUCUGUGUCAUGGGCUAGUGCUGGUAGGAAUGGGAUGACAGCACAGAUGAAUGAAUGGCUGAGGAGAUGGUGCAGGGGACAGGGUGUCAAGUUCAAGGAUCAUUAGAACCUUUUCUGGGGAAGGGGUGACCUGUACAAGUGGGACGGGUUGCACCUGAACUGGAGGGGAACCAAUAUCCUGGCGGGGAGGUUUGCUGUUACCACUCGGGAGAGUUUAAACUGGUUUUGCAGGGAGCUGGGAACCGGAGUCCCAGGUCAGUAAGGGAAGGAUCGAACCAAAAGGUACAUGUCAGGGAAACUAUUGAAAGGCAAAAUCCAAAAAAACAGGUAUAAUGGUUUGGAUAGUUUGAAGUCUGUAUGUUUUAAUGCUGGGAGUAUUAUGGGUAUGGGUGAUGAACUUGGAGCAUGGAUCAGUGCAUGGAACCAUGAUGUUGUAGCAAAACUUGGUUGAGAGAGGGGCAGGAAUGGGUAAUUAAUGUUCCAGGUUUUCAAAAGGAUAGAGGAGGAAGCAAAAGGGGAGGAGGAUGUUGAACUACAAAUCAGGGACAAUAUCACAACAGCACUGAGGGCAGACAUAAUGGAGGGGUCAGGCAUUGAGUCUGUUUGGGUGGAACUCAGGACUAGGAAGGGUGCAAUCACACUGAUGGCAUUGUACUACAGAGCCCAGUAGCCACCGGGACUUUGAGGAACUGAUAUCUUAUCAGAAUAAGGAAAUGUGUACAAAUGUUCUCAUGGGGGAUUUCAACUUGUCCAAUAUAAACUGGGACAUUCCUUGUGUAAGGGGUUUAUCCAGCAAGGUUUCAUGAAUCACUAUGUGGAUAGUCCAAUGAGAGGAGGAACUGUAUUGGACCUGGUGUUGGGUAAUGAGCUUGGCCAGGUUGACCUUUCAGUGGGUGAGCAGUUAGGGAACAGUGACCACAACCCCUUAUCUUUCAGGAUAGCUAUAGAUAAGGAUCAGUAUGGUCCUUGUGGACAGUUUUAAAUUGGAGUUGGGCAAAUUUUGAGGGCAUUAGUCAGGAACUAAGAAGAGUUAUCUGGGAAAACCUUUUCUCUGACAAGGCCACAUCAGACAUAUGGAGGGUAUUUAAAGAUCAAUUGCACAGAGUACAGGAAAGGUCUGAUCCCAAUUUCCCUUGGGAUCAAUAAAGUAUGUCUGUCUGUCUCUGAGAGGAAGGAUGGGGAUGGAAAGAUGAGAGAUCCUUGGAUGUCCAGAGAGGUGAUGAAUCUAGUCAAGAAGGAAAAGGAAAAGUAUGUAAAGCUUCGGAAGUCAGGAUCAAACAGAGCACAUGAGGAUGAUAAGGUAGCUAGUAGCCAGUAUAAGCAAGUACAGCUCUUUGGGCAAAGUGAGCAUGAGAUAGAUAGGAGCAAAAAGGAGUUAGUCACCCCAAGGCUGCAGGAGAUAGAUAAGUGGGUGGCUGUCGGGGAAGGGAUGGGAAGAGCUCAGAUAUUAGAGAGCACCCCUGUGGCCAUCCCCCUCAGUAAUCAUUAUCUCGUUUUGGAUACAGUUGGGGCGGGGGGGGGGGGUGACCUGACAGAGGAUGACCAUGGUGAUCGGGUCUCUGGCACUAACCUGAUUCUGUGGUGCAGAAGGGAAAAGGGGAGAUGAGGAAUGCGGUAGUCAUAGGGGAUUUGUUAGGGUCCGGUUCAGAGCCCGCCUUCCGGGUCUUGCUCCAGUCCGCGGACUCCGGGCCUUGCAGCCAGCCCUCUCGUCUCCUGGAGCCAUUGGAUCAUCUUGGCUUAAGGAGAUUCACCUGUCGCCUAUUGGGGGGGCAGGUGUUUAUAAGGGGCUCAGGGAGUGAGCCUUGUUGGGGGUUUGUUCUGAACUUGGUUUGGCUGCUCCAAAUUCUGUUCUGCCCUGGGUUCUGACCUGCUCUGUAUCAGUUCUGUUCAGGUUUGUCUUGUUUUCCUGCUUCUCUUGUGUAUGCUGGUCCUGCUGUUCAGCUAUAUUUGCUUUGCCUGUGCUGUUGUGCUGUCUGCUUGCUUCUCCCUAUUUACUGGUGUAUCCCGGUUGUCCAGCUACUCACCCUGGACCCAGCUCCCUUCUGUUCCCUUGCCUCCAUUGGGUAAGCCAGGCUGUUGCUGUUACCCCUUGGGUGGCUCUGUCGGGUAAGCCAGGCUGUCUGCUGUUGCCUGCUGGGGAGACUUGGUCCCCUUCCUACCCCUCACCUCAGAUGGGUUGUGCCCUGCACCUGCCCAGGUGUCCGUGCCUUGCCCAGGCCUCUGUGUCUCUGCCCAGGAUGUGGCCUGCCCUGAGGACUCCUACCCUUUCCUCUCCUCGUUUCUGAUGGGUUGUGCCCUGCACCUGCCCAGGUGUGUGUGCCUUGCCCAGGCCUCUGUGCUUCUGCCUGGGAGGUGGUCUUGCCCAGGAGUUAUGUGCCCGCCCCAGUGGGAUCUGCCUGCCCCGCCUGAACUCUGGAAUCCUGCUGAUCCUGCCUUGCCAGAGCUCUGGGGUCCCGCCCUGCCUGCCUGACCUUUGGGAUCCAGCCCCGCCUGCAUUACCCCUUGCAUACCAUAGCAUCCCCAUCCUGUCCUACCCCUAGUACUUCAGUGUCCGCGUCCUGCAUUUGGGUCCAUUCCAUGUCCGCUCCUGACAGGAUCCCAUAGUGAGGGGAACAGACAGGAGGUUCUGUCAGCCUGGUGAUACCUGCAUGGUGUAUUGCCUCCUGGUUGCCAGGGUAUAGGAUGUCUCGGAUCAGGUGCAGAGUAUUCUAAAGGGAGAGGGUGAACAGCCAGAAGUCUUGGUACAUGUUGGUACCGAUGACAUUAGGUAGAAAAAGGGAGGAGGCCCUGAAGAGAGAAUUCAGGGAGUUGUGUAGGAAGCUGAAAAGCAGGACAUUCAGGGCAACAAACGAGCACAAGAAUAGCAUGAUCAGGCAUAUUAAUGCUGAGAGACUGGUGUAGGGGGCAGGGCUUCGGGUUCCUGGACCAUUGGAGCCUCUUCUGGGGGAGAUACGACCUGUACUAAAAGGACAGGUUACACAUGAACCCAAAGAGGUCUAAUAGCCUAGCAGUCAGGUUUAAUAGAGCUGUUAGAGAGGGUUUAAUCUAAUUUGGCAUGGGGAUGGGAGCCGGAGUGAUAGGGCUGAGGAAGGGGAAAACAAAAAUAAAUCAAAGAUAACGACAGAUGAUAGAAAGGACAGGCAGGAGAUGAGGCGUAAUCACAGCCAGUGGGAUGAGUUACAGGGCAAUAGAGGUGCUGUGCAGUUAAAACAGAAAGCAACAGAUACUGGACUGAAAGUGUUGUAUUUGAAUGCACGCAGCAUAUGAAAUAAAAUGGACAAUCUUGAAAUUCAGCUACAGAUUGGCAAGUGUGACAUGGCCAUCUCUGAAACUUGGCUAAAGGAUGGCGGCCAUUGGGAGCUGAGCAUCCAAGGAUAUACGGUGUAUCAGAAGGAUGGGUUAGUAGCCAGAGGGGUUGGUGUGGUCCUGUGUAUAAGAAAUAAUAUUAAGUCAUUAGAAAGGGAUGACAUAGGAUCGGAAGGUGUAGAGUCUCUACAGGUUGAGUUAAGAAAUAGCAAGGGUAAAAGGACCCUAAUGGCAAUUGUAUACAAGCCCCAAACAGCAGCUGGGAUGUGGAUUACAAAUUACAGCAGAAGAUAGAAAAGGCAAUGUCAGAAAGGCAAUGUCAUGAUAAUCAUUGGGAUUUUAACAUGAAAAUAGAUUGGGAGGGUUUCCAGUGACGUCAUCGUUGAGAAUGGCAGCUUAAGUCACUAGCUCCUCCGGAAAAACAUGUAUUAAGCCCUGUUAACCCAUCAAAUAUAAUAUUUUUUGAAAAAUAUUUAAACUGAAGAUGGGCAAGAAUGGGGAAAAGGAAUGGAAAUAAAAAAAGUGACACUGUGGAGCCUGCGGCUGAGACGAGUGUAGCGAGCAGCGCUCCGACCCGACUGCGUGCUAGCGAGGCGGCUGCUGGGCCUCGUUCGGGUGAAGCGACGAAUAUCUUUGAAAUCCUGAAAGAAAUAAUGGAGGUCCAGAAAGAUAUAAAGCAGCAGUUCCAUGAUAUUAAGUCGGAGUUCGCCAGUGUCAAUCAAAAAAUAGCGGUGGCAGAGACUCGAAUUAAGAAGGUGGAAGAUCGCGUUCAAAACGUGGAACAGAUACUGAGCAAGACAAUAAAAAUAUUAAAUCACCAAGAAGGUAAACUGCUUGACCUGGAGGGAAGAUCACGGCGGAAAAAUAUCAGAAUCUACAACGUUCCCGAAGGAGCAGAGGGUUUGUCUAUGAUGGAGUUUGUUGGAAAGUUACUGCGGGACACGCUGGAUCUUCCCCCGGCUAUGAAGCUGGAAGUUGAAAGAGCCCACCGCGCAUUAGUCCCGAAACCUACCCAGGAUAGAAAGCCACGCUCAAUAAUAAUUAAAUUCCUUCGGUACAGCACCAAGGCGGAGAUUCUAUGAAGGGUCUGGGGUAAGAAGAGAGUGUUUUUAGAGGAUAAAUUAAUAUAUUUCGACCAAGAUUACCCCCCCUCCCCCCCGCCGCGGUCCUCCAGAAACGCAAAUACUCUAAAGUAAAGCGAGUACUAAAGCAAAAUAGGAUUAGAUUUCAAACUCCGUACCCUGCUAAACUUCGAGUGUUUUGUGACAACAGGACGCGGUUGUACCAGACAGUGGAAGAGGCGACUACAGAUACGAAAGCCAGAGGGUUGCCUGUCAGCAUAACCAAAAUGAAAGAAAGCCUGGCUGAGGAAUUAUCCCGCUCUGCUUGGGAAAUAUUGAGAGAAACGAGAAGGCAGGAGACGGGAGGAGGCUGAGAGAAAUACAUCAGGAAGAGAUGGGGGUGGGGCGUCACGUGAUGGCGUAGGAUCGAGACGUUGGGAAUCCAGCUCCCUCGUAAAAAGUAAUGAAAUAGGGUUUAAGUGAAGGAGAGUUGACAAGUAUCUACUAGAAACUAUUUAUAAGUAACUCAGGAUUAUCUUUUGAUAUGGCUCCUAAACUGAAACAGAAGAAAGCUACUACUUCGAAGACUGCGCAAGUCAGCGGGGAAAAAGGCCUAACAGUUUCGGCGAAGCCUCGGGCUCAAGUUGGAUCUCCUCCCGGCGAAGUGCAUGGCACUUCUGAUGGUUCGGGACAGGAAGUUGCGGCAAUGUCGGCGGUCUCUAAGAAGAAACGGCAAGAACAACGCAUGGGCGGAGAAACAAGUAUGCAUGAACAGAUACUAACAAAACUACAAAUCCCAACUACAGCUGGAAGUGAAUCGGAAGUGGAAUCAGAUUCUUUGGGAAACACAGAUGAAGAAGAGGAAAAGGAAGAGAUUAAAGGAGACAUAAGAGAUAUCCUGAUUAUAUAUGAUGAAUGAAUUAAAAGCUAUAAGAACAGAUAUAAGAAGGAUGCAGAAUACACUCGAUAAUGUGGUGGAAAAACAAAAGAAGAUGGAUAAUAAAGUUAAAGAGAUGGAAGUAAAAAUGGAAGAAAACACUGAAAGAAUAGAUAAGAUAGAAGACAAUAAUCUUGCCUGGAUAACAGAAAGAAAACGGAUGUUGGAAAAAAUAGAUGCGCUUUUAAAUUCUAGUAGAUAUUAAACAAUAUUAAAAUUGUUGGUUUUAUGGAAGGUACAGAGGGAGAAAAUCCAAUAAAAUUCUUUCAAGAAUGGAUUCCGAAAAUUUUGGAAAUGAAAAAAGCCAAGUAAUUGAAAUUGAAAGAGCACACAGAGCUUUAAGACCAAGACCUCAACAAGAUCAAAAUCCAAGAUCAAUUUUGAUAAUGCUUAAGGUAUCAAGAUAAAGAAAUGAUCUUGAAGGCAGCUACUCAAGGUGCUAAAAAGGGAAAUGGGCCAUUGAUGAUAGAAGGGAAAAGUUUUUUUUAAUCCAGACAUAAGUUACGAUCUUCUGAAGAGGCGGAAGGAAUUUAAUCCAGUGAAAAAAUCUUUAUGGGAAAAGGGCUAUAAAUUUUUAUUGAGCUACCCAGCAAAAUUGAUAAUUUUCCUGGAUAAUGAAGAAAGAUUUUUCGUUGAUUACCGGAAAGCGGAGAAAUUUGUACAAGAACUACCUGAUAUCCACCGGGGGGGGGGGUAAAGAAUUAUAGAAAUGAACUGGACUAAUGACAAAGACUGAAAUAAGUUUGGACUUGAUGGACAUUCUUAAGGAAUAAGAAAAAAAUAGUUGAGUAUUAAUUGGGAGUAGAGACAUUAAUUACUUUCUUUUUUCUUCACUUAAAUAUUUUUUUUCUUUUUUUGCGGGGGAGCUGGAGGAGCUCCUGAUUGUUGGCUGCGAGUUUCAUGAGUACAAUCAUGGCGAUUGCCAUGACCUGUAAAAUGGUGGGGGUAAUGUUCUGUUUCUUUAUUUGCAACAUUAGUGGGGGGGUAUUUUGUUUUUUUUUCCAUAUAUUAGUUACCUUUCUUCUAUUUUUCUUUUUUGCCUGGACGGUUGGGGAGAGACAUAGCAACAUGGAGAAUUUUAAAGCGUUCCCAAGCUCCAGCACACGCAGCAGUAUGGCAAGAUCUUUAAGUCACACUUUGGACCUCAGUUUGUAGUCUCCAUCGCUGAUCAGGACAUGGUGGCCCAGGUGUUGAGGGCUGAGGGAAGAGCUCCUCAGAGGGCCAACAUGGAGUCAUGGCAGGAGUACAGGCAACUUCGGAAAAGAGCUGUGGGACUGAUAUCUGCGGAGGGAGAAGAGUGGUUGAAAAUGAGGAACGCCCUGAAGAAGCGGAUCAUGAAGCCCAAGGAUGUGGCCACAUUCUCCCAGGGAGUUACGGACACUGUCGCUGGCCUGAUCACAAGGGUGAAGCACGUGAGGGACAGUAGCUCACACACUGUGACCAACGUGAAUAAUUUGUUCUUCAGAUUCGCAUUGGAAGGUGUUGCCACCAUCCUUUUUGAAGCUCGCCUCGGCUGUCUAGAGAACGAGAUCUGCCGGGAGACCAAGCAGUACAUGGAAGCUCUAGAGCUCAUGUUCAGCAUGUUUAAGACCACCAUGUAUGCAGGAGCCAUUCCCAAGUGGCUCCGCCCUCUCUUCCCAAAGCCUUGGAAUGAGUUCUGUCGGUCCUGGGAUGGACUUUUCCGAUUCAGUGAGAUCCACGUUAACAGAAAGCUGGCGCAGAUAGCACGACAGCUGGAACGGGGAGAGGAGGUGCAGGGUGGACUGCUGACCCAGCUGCUGGUCGGUCAGGAGAUGACGCUGGAGGAGGUCUACGCCAACAUGACAGAGCUGCUGCUGGCAGGCGUAGAUACGACUUCCUUUACUUUGUCAUGGUGCACGUAUUUACUGGCCAAGUAUCCGGCCAUCCAGAGAUCGGUGUAUGAAGAAAUCCUCCACAACCUGGGACAGGAUAUGACUCCAACGGCCCAGGACCUGUCCAAGUUGCCUCUGGUCCGCUGUGUCCUUAAGGAAACGCUGAGGAUGUUUCCUGUUCUUCCUGGAAAUGGUCGAAUCACCCAAGAGGACAUGGUUGUUGGAGGAUAUUUCAUCCCAAGCGGAACCCAGCUUGCUCUCUGCCACUAUUCCACAUCACACGAUGGAGAGGUUUUCAAGAGUCCGGGAGAGUUCCUGCCCCACCGUUGGCUGCGGAAGGCCAACACAGACCGGGUGGAUAACUUUGCAGCCAUCCCAUUCGGUUAUGGGGUGAGGAGCUGUGUGGGACGCAGGAUCGCAGAGCUGCAAAUCCAGCUUGCACUCACACAGCUCCUGCAAACGUUUGAGAUCCAAGUGGCUCCCAACACAGGCACUGUCCUAGCCAAGACCCGUGGCCUACUGUCUCCUAGCAAACCCAUACACCUCAAAUUUGUGGACCGGAAGUAGUGGACAGCAAAGGUUAAAGGUCACUGAUCUGUGUGACAUAAACUGGACUCCCUCAGAAACUAUUGAUAAGUGCUGUGGAUGGAUUUGCUUCAUAAUGCUCACGGUUUGCAAGGCAACUUAUCCAUACAAGGCAUGGUGGAAGAUUUCAUUCAGUUCAGCUUUGGCCAGAGUAUGUUUAACUUAACCCGUUUCAUAGAUGAGCAAUUGGCCAGUGUUAUGAGUCACCUUCUGGUAAACUGGCUGAGCUGAGAACAAUCACAGAGGGUCACAGAGUAAAACGUCAUCUUUGGUCACUGUCCCUGUAAGCUCUAAUCAAAGAUUCUAAGAUUUCAAAGAAAAUUUAUUAUCAAAGUAGGUAUAUAUCACUCUAUACGACCCAAAGAUUUAUUUUCUUGUAGGCAUUCACUGUAGAACAAAGAAAUACAGUAGAAUCAAUGUAAAACUGCACAUAAAGAUGGAAAAACAACCAAUGUGCAAAAGACCACAAAUUGUACAAAUACAAAAAGAAAAUCAAAAUAAUCACAGUGAGUAACAUCGAGAGCACGAGUUCUCAGUGUGUAAUGACCUCCUGCCCUUUCGUAAGAUGUUCAGUGCACAGAAAGAGGUCAUGAACUCACUCCAUGCCCAAGUUGUGGAACAAACUAUUCAGCCCCAUUGUGCUCUUUCUCUGUCAUCCUCAGCACUAAUGACCGGGUUCAAUUCCCACUACUGCCUGUGAGUUGUUUCUGUGCUUUGUCCGGGUGCUCCGGUAUCCUCCCACAUCCAAAAGGUAUUUGUUUAUCAGUCACACAGGUGUAUCUGGGUGGUGCAGGCUCAUUGGGUUGGAAGGACCAAAUAAAAUACCUGAUCAGUUCCCUUUGGAAAUCCCUGAAUGAUUAUUUCCAGACAGAGUUCCAGGUAACUGGUAUAAAAGAAAUUCCUCUUUGCAUCAAACUGUAUCUUUCUCCUAUCUUUGUCCCUGGUCUUUAAAACAGUCAGUGCAGGGAGGAAGUGACAAAAUGUCUGUGCUGGAGAAGAUCAGCCAGUCAAGCAGCAUCUAUGUGGAUGGGGGGAUGUGGUAGCGUCAGCGUAUCACUGUACAGUGCCAGCAAGGGGUUUGAAUCCUGCCGUUGUUUGUGAGGAGUUUGUAAGUUCUCUCUUCAGCUGCGUGAGUUUCCUGUGGGAGCUCCAGUUUCCUCCCACGGUUCAAAGAUUUACUAGUUAGGGUUACUGACAUCUUGGAGCUAGAAACCCAGCAAACCCCUUGCUGGUUUAAUUUGUAAACAAAGCCGUGUACAUGUGACAAAUAGAGCUAAUCUUUACUUAGUGUUUCUGCUGAGGUUUUCAGGUUGGCGCAGGAAGUGUGGCGACACUUGUCAGGCUCCCCCAGCACAAUUCUUACUGAUUUGAUUUGAUGCAUAUGACACAUUGCAUCAUGUGUUUCAAUACACGUGUGACAAAUAAAGCUAAUCUUUCUGUAGAGGUUUCAGGUUGAAACACUAAAAGGAUUGAGAAUUUGAUGUGACAAUGAUAAACUAAUGCACUGCUUUAUGAAAGCACCAACAAUCCCUUUACUGCCACAGUCUGCAUGAUCCUUCAGCAGAUUCUUUACCGCUCCUGCUUCCGGCUUGUCUCCGCUGCUGGGAUGGGUGGAAAUAUUAGCGUGCAUAGCUUUAACGUGGGAAGGAGAAAAUAUAAUGGAGAUUUGUGAGGCAACUCAUAAACAAGAGUUUCUGCAGAUGCUGUAAACCAGAGCAACAUGCACAAAAUGCUGGAGGAACUCAGCAUGUAUGGAGGGGAAUAAACUGAUGGCAUUUCAGGCUGAGACCCUGUGUCAGGCCUGGUGAGGGAAAGUUCCCUACAUAGAUGCUGCAUGACCUGCGGAGUUCCCUUACAUUUUGUGUUGCUUCACUCCAUUUGCCCCUUUCUUUGCCUACUUACCUCUGACUCCUCUUCUGCCCAUCAAUCUUCACCCUGUCCUCAAUCCACCAAUCACCUACUAGCUCCUACCCCAACACCCGCCCUCUCCUCUCUCUACCCUCAUUUCUGAUGCGGGGUUUUGACUCCAACCCAUCCCCCCACUUCAACCAAAGGCACCAGACGCACGGGGUCCCUCCAGUGGCUGUUUUGUGGCCUGUAACACUGCAAUCACUGGCAAGUACAGACAAAAUGGCCUCUCAUGUUGUUUUGUGACAGAAGCAUGUUGUGGAGGAAAGUCAUAUUCUUCAGUCGAGACCCUUCAU